AGGAGGAGGACGAGACCGAGAGUGAUUGACUUCUUGAUGUAGCUUUGGCGUUGUGAGAAUCCACACGGGCAUGACAAUUUUGUUCCGUAGGUAAACUUUUGACGUUUGGUUUUUUCUUUCUUCAUUUGGCUUUGGUUGUUUGCGUGGAUCAUCAUCUUCAUCAUCUCGUUUUCGAUUUCUUACACAAAUUUUACACUAUUUAAGAACAAUCAUGCCGGCAGUUGCUCCGCAGCCCACUUUGGUGGGUAGUGGUUCGUCCUCGAGUUCGUCUGUCAUGCCGUCUGCGCAGACGCAAGGUGGUAACAGCGACUUCGAUUUUGAGGAAUCGCACCAAAAGGCUAGAAGUGCCAUAGCAAGUUUGCGCGAUGUGUUGCAAGCAGGCGAAAAGUCAUGGUCCGUCGAGCCAGGAAACGAACAGAAGUUCGCGUUGCUGGCACAUGAUGUGAUGAACAACGUGUGUCAGCUGAGACAAUGCAACCUGGACAUGCGGGCGAACAUUGAGUCCAUGCGCAAGGAGCUUCAGCAGAAAGAUCCGGUGGCAGCGUUUCAGAGAAAGGUACUUCGCAAGGACAUACAUAUUUUCUGACUUGAGUCAUCUACUUCUAGUUUCCCCACUGACUGUCCGACCUAGUAUAAUUCUGCUCUUGUUUUAGUUUCGAUACAUAGAGACUGAGACGUGAGGCUUCGAACAUCUGACUCGUCAAUUUUGGGAAUGAAAAAACUACAGUACACGAACGACUUGUUUGAAGAAGGGCAGUUUCUUCAGCAAGUACUGCAUGCGGGAGUUCCGGAGAGCGAUUUGAAGGUAGACUUGAUCCCAGAGGAAGAGUGGACCGGACGACAGGCACUUCUAGAACAGGGCAUGGAUCCGACUUCGACGCUCUACCGACUCCACCACCUGCACCACGAGCUGCAGGAACGAACAAAAUUGGAAAACGAGUUGAAGGAAAAGAAGGUACUGUAGUACAUAUGCGUGCUCCCCUGCGGUUGUAAUCGGCGUUAAAAAAUAGAUCAUGUUGUAGUAUAGAAUGGUAUUGACUAUCGUGUGAACUACAAGACUUUCUACAGUUUUUUCUUUUGACAUUUUUGCAUUUCGGUACGAACUACAACAGGAUGCCAAAGCACGCACUGUGGAGCAGAUCCAGAGAUUAAAAGAGCGUGGUUCUGCGAAAUUAGAUGGUGUAGAAAAAGUGACAGACGCGGUGAAGAAACUUCUCCAGGCGCGACCAGCAGCGGAGCAGGCAGCAUCAUUGCAGCAGACGCGAUCUACACAGGUCAAUGUGGCAGUUGCGGCGGUUGAGGCGGCGGCCGCGGCUGCUGUCCCAGGAACUGGCGGUAUCAGCGGGGUUGCAGGAGCGCAGCCAAAGUCAGCUUCAAAUCCUGCGCUUCUACCUGAGGCGCUUGCAAUGGUGCACAAGAAAUUUAGCACUUUGGCACAAGACGGCUUUGAUACUCGAGUUAGUAGUCGCGUCGACGAAUAUCCAGAUCGGAGCUUCAUUCCGGCGGAUGGCGUCGCAGCGUCGAGUUCGGCGAAGGAAUCUGGUACUUUUGCAUAAGUUGUUGAUUACACUUUGAUUUGCUUAGACUAGAUUCGAAACUACGGUCGCAUUCCCGUUACUAGUUUUCAUCACUUGGUACCUGCCUCGUAUUUGACCUACCUGUAUCUUUCCUUGCUCUACUUUGGGGAAAAAUUUUUUCUCCAUCAAUCCCCCAACACAGUUUUGCUUCGUAGUCCGCGUGUCGUGGUGACAAUAUUGGCUAGUGCGAAAUCAAGUGGUGACAUCAAGCCAAUAGAGUUACACUUUAGGGCCAAGCAGUCGGCGAGUAGUAAUGCGUUCGCCACGGGACCUGGGAACAUCGAGGUGUAUGCUUCGGAAACUGAAUUGCGCUUCCCCGAAACUGGAGAAGAUAUUUCAUGUCCGGCUGGUGGGCCAUUUCAUCGCCCGGCGUGGAUCGCGCGGCUGUUGAAGGCUGAAAUCACAGCGCUAAGUAUCGUUCAAGCAGUGCGCGCGGAAAUGGCUCCCUCAGUGACAGGGUCGUCUUCACUGAUCAUCGCAGAUAAGUAAAUGUGGGUCGAAGAUGAUGCGCAUGAAGUUGGACAUGAUUGUGUUUUCACAUGGAUUUGAAAUGAUUCUCGCAGAUUAUAGAAGUGUUGCUAUGUUGAUGUCGCUCGUAAGAAUUUUACGGCAUCACACACCCGAAAUCGAUCCCCAUAGAGGAAGUAACCCCUCCGCCUCUCACGGACAUAUUUUACGUCGUACGCACGCAAAGAAAUAUUAAGGGACUGUUGUGGUCAGGUACCAUUUCAGCAACGUCGUCCUUGAAAG